GCGGCGGCCCUCCAGUUCAGUAAUAACCCCGGCGGCGCCCUGGUCACCACCACCUCCUUUGUCACCUCCACCCUCACAGACCCCCGCCUCCUGUCGCCACAGCAACCGGCUCUGCAGAGGAACACCGUGUCGCCAGGGUUACCACAACGACCAGCCAGCGCAGGUGCUCUGUUAGGAGAUCUGGGGAACUCAAACGGAGCGUGCCCGAGUCCAGUCCCUAACGGCUACAUCAGUGCCAGGGCCUCCCCGGGCCUCCUCUCCGUCUCCAACGGCAACAGCCUGGGGAAAGUAGUCCCAGCUAAGUCUCCGCCUCCGCCCAGCCCUCAGAUGGUCAACAGCCGCAAGCCGGACCUGAGGGUCAUCACCUCGCAGAGCGGCAAGAGCCUCAUGCAGCUGAAUGCCCAGCGGCUAGGCGGCUCCCAGGUGGGGCAGUCGCUCACAACACCAGUGGUCUCCGUGGCAACACCCAGUCUCCUAGCACCCUUCUCCGGCAUGCAGACGGCCUACAACACUGAGUACCAGCUGACGAGUGCAGAUCUCACGGCGCUCCAGACGUUCACACCACCGGGGUUGGUGCCUGGCAACAUGGCUGCCUGGCAACAGCAACAGCAACCAACAGUCACCCAGCAACAACAGCAGCAGCAACAGCAGCAACAGACCCAGCAGCUGAGCUUGGCGUCGCUCAGUAACUUGGUCAUGUGGGGUGCAGAGAAACAGAAUGUGGAGAUGGUUAACUGCAUCUCCAAUAUUGCUGCUAACCUGAGGCCGGUGGGACACAUAACUCAGGGCACAGCACUGACAGUCAACACGAACCCCAACAUCAACAUCAAGUCCGAACCCGUCUCACCAAACCGCGACCGCAGCACUCCCAGCUCCACCAGCGGCGGCUGCGGCCUCGGAGGACUCCAGGGUCAACUCCAGGGCCAAGGUCUCGUGUCAGUCGCCUACCCGGGUACCCUGCGUCUGGAGGUGGGAGGCCAAGGCCGCUCGCCCGUCGACAGCCUGAGCAGCAACGGCAGCUCGUACGAAGGCAGCGACCGGGACGACGGUCAGGGUCGAGGCGGCGGCGCGGAGUUCCACCACCAGGCCGGCAACCAACAGCCCACCAUGGUCCUCCUGCGGCCCUCUUCGGCCGAGCCCCAGGAGCAGGACGGGACCAACGUCAAGAGAAUGAGACUGGAUACCUGGGUGACAUAAAGAGGAUGAGCGGAGAGAGAGGGAUGGACGGACGGACAGAUGUAGGAUGGAAAUGGAGAUGUGUACUUGUGGCUUGUGUACAUGCACCCACCAGCCCCGACUCCCCUGAUCUC